GCACGCGGCGCCCCCGCGCCCCCGCGCGCCCCUGUACGACUCCUACGCGGACCACGCGGCGGGCCUCGGGCACUCCUACGCGGACCACUCGGACCACGGCGGCCACCCCGCGUCGCGCCUCGACGUGUACAGCGACCUCUUCGAGGAGGUGAUCGAGCGCGACGGGGUCUUCGGCUCGCUGCUCCGCAAGAUCAAGACCGCCUACGAGGGCGCGCUGCGUGAGGAUCCAGUGCAGCACGGCAUGGCGAUGGAGGGCGUCCCCGACUGGGGGCCCGAGCACCCGGGCGUGGACAGCUCGCACGACGGACCGCAUUCGAGCGAGCCCACCACGCGGGCCGAGGACCGCCUGGCGGCCAAGGAGAUGGUCCGCGAGAAUCGGGUGCUCCGGGACCUGGUGGAGCGGCUGCACUUAGAGCUCGAGGAGGCGGUGAAGCGGGAGCACCGCUGGCGGCAGAAGGUGGCGCAGCUCAAGGCGCAGCAGCUCGGCCAGGGCCCCGGCCCCGGGCACUCCCACGGCGGCGGCGGGGGCCAGCAGCCCAGCGCGCCCCCCCCGCGGGCCCACGGCGCGCCCAAGAAGCAGCUGGCCGCCCGCCCAGAGUACCGCGCGACUGGCGCGGAGGAGGACGAGGACUUCCACGGGCACCACGCGGCAGCUAUGCUGAACCAGGGAGGCCUCCUCAGCAUGAGCUCCAUCUCGCCGCAGAACUCGCAGCCGCCCCACCUCGAGUCCAUGCUCGGGGCGUCGGCCCUCGAGAGCGCGCGCUCCGCCGACAGCGUGCCCCUGCCGCAGCGGCCCGACUUCCGGCAGGUGGUCAGGCCAAGCCACGUCCCCUCGCUCGACCUGGCGCGCCUCGGCGAGGAGGAGGAGGAGGAGGAGGGGGAGGACGACGAGCUGGACGAGGAGGAGCGGGAGCUGCAGCAAGAGGAACACGACGUCCGGGGCGAGGACCAGCUGGAGCAGCGGCAGCCAGAGCUGGACGAGGACGAGCGAGCGUCCGGGGACGAAGGCGCCAUGUACGCCCAGCACCACGGCCAACAGCGGGACGAGGAGGACGAGGAGGAGACGGAUGAGGACUUCGGCAUUGGUGUCCCGCGCCUGGGUGACCCGCGGUAUGCCCAUCACGGACAACAGCACAUGUACACCCUCGACCCCCACGACCAGGACAUGGAGCAGAGCAGCGACGCAUUCGACGCGUCUGCCGCGUCUUGCUCGCCGUCCACGAGCCGCUCGAUUGCGGCCCGCGAAGGCUGGUACGUCGAGUCCGACGGACCCCUCCAGCUCUGGGGCCAGGGCGGGCUCGGGCGGCGCAUGGGGUUCUCUCGCAAGCCGGGGCGACGUCCCGGGCAAGCUGUGGGGCGCGGGGGCGCCCACGCGCUGAGCUCCCUGCCAGACGACCUGGCGCACCGGCAUUACGCCCGGGCCGUCAAGGGCUGGGUCGAGAAGCUGCUCGGGGCCUCCGCGGCGGUGGGCGCGGAGCUGCCCAGCCUGGGGCAGCUGGGCCCUGUGCUCGCGGAGCUGGCUGCCGCGCUGCGGGUGGAGCAGACGGCGCGGGAGGCGCUCGCGGAGCGCGUGCAGGGGCUGGCGGACCUCGGGGGCCACCCGACCCAUGGGCCAGCAGAUGAAGUCGCUGCAGCAGGGCCGCCUGCGAGCGCUGGAGGAAACCGAAGAAGAAGGUCGAGGUGCUGGCGAGGGCGAGGUCCGCCGCCGCGCCGGCGGACCCCGCCGAGGCUGGCGCGCUGGCUCGGCGCGUGGAGGCCCUGGAGCAGCAGGUGGCGGGGCUGCCUCUGGCAGUGCCGGGCGGCCGCCAGGACGGCGCGGACGCGGCCCCGCUGGGGGAGGCCGAGGGCCGAGCCGCCGUGGAACAGCACCACCGGCAGCUGGCCCACGUCGGCGACUGCGUGCGGCUGCUGCGGGACAGGGACGGGAAGCUCGCGGAGCAGCUGCAGAGCCUGCAGGGGCAGGUGGACGUCCUCGCCGCCUCCGUCGCGGAGAUCGGCGCGGGCGGCCCCCAGGCCUUGUCGCUCCACAGCAACCAAGCCAGCACGCGGAGGCGCUGGGCAGCGCGAUUGGGCACCUGAGAGAGCGGCACCGGCUGCACGACGAGGAGAUCGCCACCCUCUCCAGCCAGGUGCGGGAGCUGGCCGCGGCCGUCGCCGAGGCCAACCCGCGGCAGGCCCUGGGCGGCGGCGACUCGCCCGACGGGCCCGGCACGGCGGUCGACGCGGACUGCGCUGCGCUGGGCACCGGGAUCCGGCAACUGGCCGAGCGGCACAGGCUGCAGCACGAGGAGUUCGCCCGCCUCUCUGGCCAGGUGCAGGACCUGUCGGACAGACUGGACCUGGCGUGGGCGCGGACGGCGUCCCUCGCGGAGUCCAGCGCAGAGCUGCAUCAGGAGAGGCCGCGGCGGGCGCCGCCGCCUCGGCUGCCGGCCGCGCCAGCGCGGCGCCCUCGCGGGAGAACGGCGGCGGCCUGGGCGCCGCGCUGGCCGCGGUGCAGCGCGUCGAGGCGGCCGUCGGCCGGCUGGAGCACGAGGGCGGGGAGGUGAGGGCGACCCUGGAGCAGCACGAGAAGACCUUGCAGCUGCUCGCUCGCUGCUCGCUCGGCACCGGAGGGCCCGAGGCCAGCGCGUGGGCACAAGGCGCGGACCGCGCAGGUGGUCGGGCCGAG